CACUGCCAUAUCCUCCAUCACCGCCAACAUGGUUUCGAAAAGCAACCAAGAAUACAAACCCAAAGAACCCAUCCUCGCCUGUCUGCCUCUUUGGCUGGUGCCGUAUGCUGAAUUAGUCCGCAUCCACCAGCCCCUCGGUUACUAUCUCAUUUCUACUCCAUUCGUCGCCGGCGUCGCCUACACUGCUUUGAUUGCUCCAUCCCAAGUGCCGACUGCCCUCCUGCUCAAUCGGUUUCUUCUCCUAUCCAUCUGGUCUGUCCUCUUCCGCAGCGCAAGCUGUGUAUGGAACGAUAUCAUCGACCUGGAUCUCGACCAGCAAAUCGCUCGAACAAAAACACGGCCCCUGAUACGCGGUGCGGUGUCGACCUCGACCGCUGUGAUCUUCACCGCAGCCAUUUACCUAUUGGGGUUCUCCGUGUUGACCUUCCUACCGCGGUCAUGCACUGUCGAUGCUCUUUUCAUGGUGUUCUGGGCUCUCGUUUACCCAUUUGGGAAACGAUUCACCUACUACCCGCAGCUGAUAUUGGGGUUUAGUGGAUGGGCGAUCCCCAUGGCGAUGCACAGCUUGGACGUCGAUCCACUCGUGCAUUUCCAGGCCGCAUUAUCCAUGGUUGCCUAUUUUGCCCUUUUGAUCGUCAUGCUGGAUACCAUCUACGCCAUCCAGGAUAUGAAGGAGGACAUGCAGGUGGGGGUGAAAAGCAUGGCCGUGCGGUUCAGGAAGUCGUUGAACCUCCUCCUAUCGUCUCUCUUUUACGCGUCCACUAUUGCGCUCCUUGUGGCUGGUCUCAUUGCCGGUAUGGGCCUGCCAUUCUUCACCCUUUCUGUCGGUGGCCACUUGUGCAGGUCUUUCUUUGUUCUCAAGGUGGUCAAGCAGCCGUCUUCGUCUUCGGAACGGUAUGCAAGAUCCGCCUGUAAGGUUGGUACUUGGCUUCUCCUCUCUGGAUUGGCAGUCGAGUGUUGCAUGCGCUCCUAUGUCUAAUCAUGCUUUGUUGGGACAUUUCAUUUGGCAUGUUCUAUAUUGGGGCUGGAUUGUUGUAAUAUGUUGGUGCAGCAUGCCAACGCAUUGCGGCAUGUCUUUCACAUUUAUUGCAUAGUAUUGUGUCUGCAGCAUAUAUUGACUCAC